AUGCUCCAGUUAUAUCUAUUUGGGUCGAGAAAUCAAUAUGAUGAACGACCUAGCUCUAGAGCUGAGCGAAGGAAACGACCAGCUUGGGAAGCCUUCAAGAGCAUCGAGGAUGUAGUGAAGAAAACAAAGAACACCCGACUCCGUACCCACCUUUUCGACUCGACGGCACUUCUUGCGUUAACGUAUGCGUCAAAAACUUGGUCGCUGCGUGAACAGGAUGAAAAAUCACCCAGCGUUAUCAUACGCGCAGUCGAAAAGAUGAUGCUAGGAGUAUCCCGUUUAACACAAGCAAGGAAUGGGAUCCGAAGCUCCACCCUGCGUCAUCGAUCAAAAAUCAAAGAUGCCGUUCUGUACGCCAAGCAGUCGAGGAUAAGGUGGGCCGGACACGUAAUGCGUAUGAAUGACAACCGGUGGACAAGAGCCGUUAGUGACUGGAUUCCUCGAAAUGUCAAGUGUACUGCAGAAAAACCACCGAUCCGAUGGCCAGAGUUCUUCACGAAGAGCCCAGAAGAAAGAUAUGUUGCUCGACGAGACCGUAGAGCGAGCAGAACCCACUGGACUACUCUUGCACGCAACAGGGAAAAAUGGAAGAUUUAUUGGCACCCGCUCGAGUCACUCGACGAUCAACGGGACUACAGGUAA